CUGUCCCCCUUCUAUGCCUCGUGAACGAGUCGUGAGCGCGCGCUGUAGGCUGCUAUUAAAUGGGUUGGACUUGGAGGCGCGCUCACGGCGGCUCCUGUGGUUUUGGAGAGGCGCAUAAAAGUGCUCCGACCUCCGGCCGACCGGCGAAACUCUGCCUCUGCUCUCCGUGAGACCGGAUCGGACGUGACUAACAGCGGGGGAUCAGAACCAGAGCCGGCACAGCUUGAAUGCGCUCGGCUGGUUCAGAGCAGAUCCCGACAUCCUGCUGAACAACAAUCCAAGAAAGUCGUCCUAUAGCCUCCCCCUUACCCCGGCCUGCCUUGCGUGGGAUGCUGGAGAGAAGAACAGGGGUGGAGAUUUGAUGCCACUUGGCAGCAUUAAGAGGUGUGGCAUAUAGUCAGUCAUGGGGGAUUCAAUCUUCAACUGCUGUUAUGUCCCACCCCGUCCCCCAGGAGAGGAGGAACCCCGCAGAUCCAGGCGCACAGAGAUCAUGGCCUCCCAGUCAGCUCACAUCUCCCCAGACAAGCGCUUCCUCAUCUUCUUUGACUUCGAUGAGACCAUCGUGGAUGAGACCAGCGACGACAUGGUGGUGCAGGCCGCCCCGGGCCAGCACCUGCCCGCCUGGCUGAAGGACACCUACCAGCCCGGUCGCUACAACGAGUACAUGCAGCGGGUGCUGGCCUACCUGGCGGAGCAAGGCGUCACCGAGAGCGACAUCCGCAACAUCAUGGAGAAGCUACCGGCCACCCCCGGCAUGAUCACCCUCUUCCAGUUCCUCCGCACCCGGCCCGCGCAUGACUUUGAGGUGGUGCUGCUGUCCGACGCCAACACCUUCUUCAUCGAGUCCUGGCUCCGACGCGCCGGAGCCCGACCGCUCUUCCACCGGAUCUUCACCAACCCAGCCACCUUCAAUAAAGACGGCAGGCUGGUGAUGCGGCCCUUCCACUCCCACGACUGCCCGCGGUGUCCCGACAACAUGUGCAAGCAGGUGGUGGUAAGGGACUAUGUGGCGCGCAGGACGCAGGAGCGGGGCCGCCCUUACCAGAGGGUCUUCUACGUUGGAGACGGAGCCAACGACUUCUGCCCGGCGCUGUCCCUCGGGCCCAGGGACGUGGCCUUCCCGCGACGGGACUUCCCCAUGCACCGUCUGAUCACGGAGACCCACGAAGCCAUGCCCGGAGAGUUCAAGGCGGUCACGGUGCCGUGGGCCAGCGCGGAGGAAGUGGUGCAGCGGCUGAGGAAACUGGUGUCAGAAUAGAGGCUCACACAGAGACAGAGGGGGGGUUACUAAGGGGCAAAUAAGGGUCCAGACGACGCUUUAAGUUAUGUUCUCAGGUAAUAUAGAACCGGAAAUUAAUGUUUGAGGCAAUAAAAUGUUUUCCCGUCUUUGUGUUUGUCUGCGUCCAGCCUGCACGUGCCUCAGCCAUCCCAGUCUUACAUCAACACGUUAAUCAUUAUGGAGACCUCACCUGUCACCCAGAGACCAAUCCGAUGUCUUAAAUAUGUACAAGUUUGCGUAAUCUAAUUUUUAGUGGGGCAUUGAUCGUUUUUAAGUGUUAAACUGGGUCCGUGGGAACAUUUGCGUGUGAGCAAUAUAUUUAAUAUAAUUCUUUCAGCCAGCUGACUGGUUUCUCUUGAAUAACUAUUUUAAGUGUGUUUUCUACAAACUGCACUUUUUAAUUAUAAAAUAUCAAAUUGUUAUUGUUCUCAAUGAAUACAAUCAGAGUAACACUUGCCAUUUGAUGGCAACGGGCAUUGCAACUAACCAAGCUGUAUUUUUAUCAACACGCUCCUUAGAGACUACGUCUGAUAUAGAAAUGUAUGUUAACAGUGUGUCUGUUGGUUGAACUUGUUUAUCAGUCUGUUGUUGUCUUUGCUAUGUAGGCAAGGCCUACUGAAAAGAGAGUAUUUUACCACCAGCAGGAAUAAAGCCAUCAACUGAAA